GCUGUGGCUGUGCAGGCUUGAAUGGUUCGCUGUGUCCUUCUCUGAGAUCUGCUGUUGGGUGUAUUGAGGGGACCUCAGGAAGCUCUGAGAUUUAAACAUGGAUGCAGUGACUUUUGAUGAUGUGCAUGUGAACUUCACUAAAGAAGAGUGGAAUUUGCUGGAUCCUUCCCAGAUGAAUCUCUACAAAGAUGUUAUGUUGGAGACCUACUGGAACCUUACUUCUAUAGGCUACAAAUGGGAAGACCAUCAUAUUGAAGAACCAUGUCAAAGUUCUCAAAGACAUAGAAGGCAUGUAAGAAGUCAUAGGUGGAAGAAACUCUAUGAAUGUAAUCAAUGUGGUAAAGUCUUUGCAAGACCCGCUCAUCUCCACUGUCAUAAAAGAACCCAUACUGGAGAGAAACCUUAUGAAUGUAAUCAAUGUGGUAAAGCCUUUUCCUGUCACAGUGGUCUCAGAUAUCAUAAAAGAACCCAUACUGGAGAGAGAGAAAAAAAAAGGGAGAUUGACAUUGGCUAA